AUCCCUCCCUCCUCAGGCCAUCCACGCCACCCUCCUGAAGCACGAGCGCACACUGGAGACCUUCAGGCUGUUUAACUCGGCCCACCGAGAGGAAGAGGAGACGCCCCCCAGCUCGCCGAACGUGGACCUCGGGAAGCGCGCCCCGACGCCCAUCCGAGAGAAGGAGGUGACGAUGUGCAUGUGCUGCCAGGAGCCCUUCAACCCAAUCACCAAGCGGAGGCACCACUGUAAAGCCUGUGGCCACGUUGUGUGCGGCAAGUGCUCAGAGUUCCGGGCCCGAUUGGUCUACGACAAUAACCGCUCCAAUCGAGUGUGCCUAGACUGCUACACCGCCCUGCGUGGGGCCCAGGGGCCCAGCCCAACCCCCGGGCAGAACACACCCCAGAGGAGACGCUCUAUCCUAGAGAAACAGGCAUCAGUGGCUGCAGAGAACAGCCUCGUUUGCAGCUUCAUGCACUACAUGGAGAAAGGUGCCAAGGGCUGGCACAAGGCCUGGUUUGUGGUCCCUGAGAGCGAGCCCCUCGUCCUCUACAUCUACGGAGCCCCUCAGGAUGUCAAGGCCCAACGAAGCCUGCCCCUUAUUGGCUUUGAGGUGGGGGCCCCAGAGGCCAAUGAGCACAAAGAGAGGCGCCACGUCUUCAAGAUCAGCCAGAGCCACCUGGCCUGGUACUUCAGCCCAGAGUCCGAGGAGCUUCAGAGGCGGUGGAUGGAUGUUUUGGCCCGAGCCGGGCGAGGGGAUGAACUCCGGGCAGGUCCCUCCAUCCUCGAAGCUGGAGAAGAGGACGAAGCAGCAGCAGGAAGCCCAGGCCCGGAGAGUGCCGCCAAGACCUAGGGAUCCCUUUCAUCAGCUUCCGCACUUCCAGGCAGGGACCUCAAAGCCAAAUACCAGCCUCUGGCAAGCCGUUUGCCACUUGUUACUUGAACUCCAGAUCCUGUUAUGGGGUUUGCUCUUAAAACAUCUUAGCCAAA